GAGCACUAGUAGCAAUCGCAGUGCGUUUUUUCUCUUUCGAAGUCUCUGAAUGUGUUCAGCAUUCGGAAAAGUCUUUCAGAAAAGGGUCAGCGAAUCCAAAGGAUGAGCGUUACUUGUUAUUAUCGUUUCAGAAAGAAUUCAUUGAUCGAUUCUAGACGAAACAUGUGUAAUCUUUGGUGCUGGUCCACUCGGUUUACUUUGUCUUCAAGCUGCAGUGAUUGUCGGUGUUAGUCGCACUGCUAUUGUAGAUAUUGCUGAGAAACGUCUGGAAAAAGUGCGUGAAUUAGGUGCGACAUUAGUUAUUAAUGGAAAAGGUGACGAUAUUUGCGAACAGAUCAAACAUUUGACUGAUGGUCUGCUACUUGCAGUAUGUGCACAAAUGGUACCCCUGAAUACAAUGGAUAUAGUUGUGCGUGAAAUAAGAUUUCAAGGAAUUCUUGGUUAUCCAAAUAUGUUUCCUCAAACAAUUCAAUUAGAUGGAAUCGUUAGCGAAGGAUUUGAAGUUUUAUGGGAUCAUCCUCCCGAGGCAAAAAUUCCAGUCGAUAUGGACAUUCUUAUUGAUUGA